AUGGCUUCAAAGAAUCGACGUCCACAAUCUACAGAUAAUAAUACAAGAUUGUUGCAAAAUAAUAUUCUCUGCCAAUAUGGAACAGAGUGUCAUGCGUUUAAUCGAUUAAUGCAAAAUGGUUAUCGAACGGAUGAUAUUGAACAUUGUUCCAUUUACUUUCAUCAAGGACGAAGAUGUGGAAUUACUGUAAACGAAAACUUCGGAUCGAGAAGAUUUAUUUCUGCUUAUCUACACUGGGAUGAAAGUUAUAGUGCAAAUCGUCGUAUCACUUUCUGGAAUGGAAAGGUGAGUGAAGGUGACCUUGUAAGAGAGCUUGAGAUCAAUGGUUUUGGCCAUGUGAUGGAACUCAGUACUGGCGUAUUUAAAAGCUUAGAUGAAGUUGUUCGGGAACAGCUUCGAGAUCCAAGACAUCAGCAAAUAGGUUCGCCACUUUCGUAUGAUCAAAUGCUCUCAAUUAUUCUAUACACAAGUACUGAUGUUUAUGCUGAUUUGCGCCGGGAUGAAAUUUAUUAUUUUGUCCAAAAUUUUGAAAAGAUUAAUUCUGUUGGAAAAAGAGAUUAUAAAAGUCAAAAGUGGCCUGUAUUUGGAAAAGUUCUAAAUACAGCCAUUUGUUGUUUAAACGACUCUGACAAUAGUUAUCGUCCUAAAACCGUCUACCAUGGUCUUCAAAACAUCGAAAUUGAUCCUGCCACAUUUAAUAAUCAUGGGCCAGUACCCGAGCUAGCAAAGCACCAUCAUUUUAGAUACGGUACAUUCAUAAGCACAUCAUGGGAUAAACAAGUAGCUCUAUCUUUCAGGGGUGACAAAGGAUCUUUAUUAGAAAUUGACACCACUGAUACACUUGUAAAUCAUACCUGGAAAUUAAUUGGCGCUGAUGUUUCAUGGAUAUCAAAAUUCCCUAUCGAAUGUGAAUUCUUAAUGACAAGAGGUGCAGUAUUUCAAAUAGAAAAUAUAAAUUUCGACAAUGAACAAAACUGUCAGGUUGUUAAAGUGAGUGCAGGAUAUGGUUCGCACAGGGGAGAAAGUUUUUCAUGUACCAAUCAUUGUGGCUACUGGUGUAAUUGCGCGACCACGCCCAGUGAUCACUUAUAA